UCAGUAUUUAGUGCAAAGGAAUUUUUUCGAUAACACAAAAGGCAGUUCCACUACUUCCGUUGCCGUUUUUCCCUUAUCCUAUUUCGCUUCCUCCAUUUCCCCAUGGAUUCAGGCGGCGGCGGAGCCAAUAAUUCCCGGUACCAACGAAAAAUACCGUCUUCCGAUCGUCUCCUCGGCAUUUUCUCCACCGCUCACUCACUGUCCCAACCCUCUACAUCCACCUCCGCUUCGACUCCCGCCGCCGGAGAUGAGCUCAGCGAGCACGACAUCUUUGACGCGACCUCCGAUGCAAUUCACCACUCCACUCCUUCAACUUCAACAAACCCGAACGCUAAUUAUCAUCGGUCCCCUAACCAUCGCUCCCACCACAAACAUUUUGGUAUCCUAGCCGCGCUGCCGGAGUCUGAGUCCCACGCGCAGGCUUUGCUCUCCGUUUCUUCAUCCUCCUCGUCUUCCUCCACGUCGUCGGCUCGUUUGAUUCCGAUAAUUCCUAAACGUCCGCCAGUGGAUCGGGUUAAAUAUCUCCAGUCCGCACCGGUGAAUGUUCCUGUAAUAUCGGCAGCAGCAGCGGGCCGAAGAGGCAGACAUUUCGACGAUGUUGAUGAUGAUGUAGACGGUGGUGAGAUGUUACCACCGCAUGAAUUUGUUGCGUCGAGGAAGACACCAAUUUUGGCAUCCUCCGUGGUUGAGGGAGCUGGGAGGAAGUUGAAAGGGAGGGAUUUGAGGCAGGUCCGAGAUGCUAUUUGGCAGAAGACAGGUUUUCUUACCUGACUUUCUAAUAAAUUUGAGAUAAUUGUUAGGUUUCUUCUUGAAUUUGUAUCAGGGCUGAUUGAUAGUUAUGAUUAGAAAAUAUUCCGCACUAAUAAUGUUACAUUGGCAUCCUCAUUUGUCAAUUAAAUGAGCAGGCCUUAUGGAGAAAAAAAUUAUUUAAUUAUCAUCCUGGUCAUUGGCAUUAGGAACACCGGUAGCAAAUCUAAGAAGAUUGUCUUUGUCAGCUGGAAGUGAAAGCUUCCCCACUGCAAUGUCCAGGCUUAUAGAUGUAACUAGGAGGGUGCUUGAUGCCUGUCCUCUAAGAUGUUAGGGCCCAAAGUUAAGAUGGGGGCUAAUCAAGCAAAUUAUAUAGAUAGAUUGAAUAGGAAGAAAAAGAGAAGCAGUGAUAACAUUUGCAGUCAGCAACCUCUACUUCUCCUUCUAACUAAAAGCGAAAGGCCAGCAUUAAAUAAAAAGUCCUUCUUGUUUGAGCUAUUGUGAGCGCGAAAGCAUGUUGGCUGUUUAUGAAAAGGUUGUUGCCUAAUAUGUUUUUCUCGUUGGUAGCUAUUACUUUAAGGUAUGUGCAUGGGCACAUCUAGGUAGAAGCAAGGUGGUUCAUUCAUUGGAAAAAAGCUCCCCUUUGUGGUAAAGGGGUUCAAAUUCUCUUAGAGGACACAGGUUCGAUUCCUGUUAACCACAGUUUCUAAUCUUUUUAGCUUUAGGCAUUUUCUAAAUUUUCUUUGAAUCCCCAUGGCAAAAAAAUCGUCUCCGCCACUGGAUGUGUGCAUAUUUCUUAAAUUCUCUACGGUUAAAAGUACUGGUCUCAUUAAUAAUCUUAAAAUUGCCUUAUUUGGUGAACCCUGUUGAGUCAAACUUGUAAUACUGGAAGGUCUAUCAAUGUGACAAGCAGAAUGAGCUGUAUUAUCGCUGAGGCACUGCUUCUACUUUCUACACUAGAAAUUAACAGGGAAGAGAGUGGAGAGACUUUAUCUAAGUCUGCUUUGUUUCUUGAUAUUUGCGCUCCAGUCAUUACUAAAUUUUUGUUGAAAAGGAGAGAAAUUUCCUUUGAUAUAUCAAGUUUCUUAGGAGAAAAAAUGAUCACUGCUAUAGUUCUUGUCCCUUCCACUGUAUAGACAUCCUCUGGGUACUAUAAUUUCUGCUUUGCACUAUUACUAGCAGUCCGUUGCCAGAAAUAUAUCAGAUCUGCAACAUCUGCUUGCCUGUGAAGUGCUAGUUACAAUAAGGUAUUCUUGCCAACAGAGGGGGACAUUAAAUAGGUAGGUGCAAUCUGUCAUCACCACAGAAAACGUGGUUUUCUUGCUCUUUACUGGCAAAGUGGCAGACAUUUUAAUGGGGCGACAAAAGUCGAUUUACCGUUACACCUUUUAGGGAUGUAUCAUGGUUCUAUCUAUUCAGUUUUUUUUACCAUUCUUUGGUUUCCAGAAAAUUAAACCAACACUAUCUUUUCUCCUGUCCAAAAAUACUUUGCAUUCAUUACCUCUUCUCAUCUGUAGUUAUUGUACAGACUCUUCAUUUUCCUCAAUGUAUUCAUGUCCUACCGGUAUUGGACGGACGUGUAUUUUGAUGGAUCCUCCAAGUAUAUUAAAAACUGGUCAGAUUCAAACCUAGUAACUAGUUAUCAAAUCCAGUGUGGUGGGGAAAUUCAUGUUGGAUAGAUAAAUGGAUAGAUUUUCGGAAGAUGCAAUAUGUACUUGUAUUAGACAACCUUUGGUUAGUAAAGGUCUUUUGCUUCAACAAAUAUUUCUGAUAUAUUAAAAAGAAAAGCAGCACAUCAAACUUGAUACAAAUAUAUUAGUCCAUGUAACAAUCUCCAGCAUUAUUAUAUAUUAGUCCAUGUACAUGGCUGCAUAGUCUAGUCUAAUAAUAACUUUUGGACAAGGGUGUCUAUUUUGAUAUUUGUAGAGAUAAGAACUCCAUAGAAGCCAUAUUAGAAGACAAACUCUGUGGAUUUAGUGGUGAAAAAGCUCAGGAUAGGUGUUAAGAUCUUGGGGAUAGAGAAACUAGAGAGGUCAAGAAACUUGGUUCGUCCUUCAGUCCUAACUAUGUGAUGUAAACUUGCUACUCUUUCAGUCUUAACUAUGUGACAUAGCCUUGGGCAUACUUCAGCAUUGGAGUCUCCGAUCAAUUUGUGGUUCUACAUGAAAAUGAUUCAGUCAUCUUUGCAUAUGGAGAAUAUAUGUAAUUUGAAAGAUUUUAAAAGCAAUGUAUUGAAAGGCAUGUAAGAUGCUCCUUGGGGCGUACUGGUGAAAGGUGCAGUAAACUUGCCUCAAGGUGUGUGUGAGGGUUGCACACUUUGGGGUUGGUAGGACGCCCGGAUUUCCCUUCAUUCCUGGCAGCAGGUUGUGCCCCUAGCAAUCAAGGAAAACUAUGUAAGCCUUCAAUCUUCAAAACCUCUCUUUUGUGGUUCAUUUACCCGGUAUGCCUCUAUGUAUAUCUGAUAAGUUAAUAAGCUCACUGUUAUCACCAUUCAAAUCCACUUUUAGUAUUUUGUUUAUCUAGAAACCUAAUUCUCAUUAGUAUAACUGAGAACUGAGCCCUAAAUUCACUCUCUUCAAUGACCCCCUCCCAUCCCUGCCUCAAAAGAAAAAAGAAAAGAGAACAUCUUGGGUGAGUUGAGUGAUUCCCCCUUCUUCUCAACCCCUUGGAGGAAGUACCAGCCUGAAGUCCAAAAUUGUAUUAGUGCAGGUGAGCCUCUUUUGAUUUAUAAUUUGUAUUACACAACUCAAUUCUCGGUUUGUGCAUGUGCAUAGAGUAUUGUUUAUACUUCCAGUGUACGAUUGGCACCUUCUAGAUCUAGAAUCACGCUAUGUAUAUAUUCCGUUACCUGAUACACAUUAUUUAUAAAAAUGAUGAUAAAACGAGAAGUUGAUUGAUAGGGUUCCAUUUUCCUGAAAGAUACAUAUAGAAGUAGAGGGUGAUAUCGCAAUAUUUGAACUGCUGGAUUCUAAUGCUUAGAUGCUGUCUAUUAUGGUGUUGUUACGGUUUCAAUGGCACUCUUAAGCGUUAGUAGCUUUUUGUGUGCCCAAAGUUGGGAGGAGAUUGUAUUUAAGGGUUUGCAUGAUUCUGAAUAAAUGAUUGUGUAUUGCAUAAUUCUUCAAAUGAAACUAGGGUAAUAUGCAUAAUUAUUGAAAGCAGAACAAGAUUUCCAUUCUCUCUCUUUGACAUCAUUAAAUGAACAUGCCCUUAUCCCCUCUAAUUAUUUUCGAUUGUCAUGCUUGUCAAAUAGUGAGGUUGCAAUGUUUUUGUUUCAAGGUGGUAGGUUGAUGUUAGGAUAUUAUAAUUUUGGAUUCUUAGCAUGUUGUUUAUUUGGCUCAGGUAUUUUUAUGUUUUCUGACCCUGAAAUUAUUAUAAUUUUUACAUUUUCGAUGUAAUUUUUGUAAUUUAUACAACUAUUAAAAUUAAACAGUCAUGUUGCGUGCUUCAUGUCUUGUAAAAUGCCCUGCCCUGCGCUCCUGCCUUGCCUUGUGCAGCUACCUUUCACAUAGGUUGAAAGUACCAUAUUGAAGUGAAAAUUGAAUUUUCUUGAGAAGGAAAAAUAUGUCUGGCUAAAGCUUAAUCUGCAUGAUUUUCGGUAAAGAGAGUGCCACUUAUAAUUUGAUGGAUUAUAUUAGUGGUGAAAUUGAGUAUUCCGUGUCCAUAUGAAUAAAAAAUGGUGAUUACUCAUUUGGUUUCCCUUACCAUUGAAACAACAGCUACCAAGUGUUUCAUGAGCAGGUGUAUUUUACUUGGUUGAAAGAAAUUAACGUCUCCAUGGUUUGGAGACAUGUUUAACGUCCUGGUAUAGAAGUAGGAUAGCAUCGGAGUAAAUGCCAUGUUAAAUUUGGUUCUUCAAGGUUUCCUUGUUUGUGUACGUAUCUGCAGAGGGGAAAUUCAUUUAAUUCUCACUCUUCUCCUUCAUUAAACUCAAGGUUUCAGACCAACCAUCUUUGUGGUUGGGAGUAUAGAUACUUGCAGUUAUCACCAACCACAUUUUUCAAUCUUAUCCAAAAACGUAUGUACGGGCUGGUUUGGUAGUGUGCAAUGUAUUCAUUAGUUUUGUGUAUUACUUGUACCGUAUAUGUUACAUUUUUUUCAACCUAAGCAUUAGUUAUACACUAUUUGGUAUUAUGUUAUGUAUAACUAAUACAUGAAAAAAUCAUGGUAUUAGUAAUGCAAAAGGUUUUAAUGCAUGCAUUAGCAUGAUUAAAUACACAA